AACCAUUCCAAAUCUAAAAUGGAUCCAACUAGAAGUUACUGAUUAAAAUUAAGCUAUUAUUUUCCAUAAUCACCAAAUCUUAACUGCAAAUUAAUAUUUCAACAUGAGCGUCUUUAAAUCGGCCAUGGGCUACUUCAGUUCUGGAGGAGCCAAUGGUGGUAGUGAUAAUGAUUUCGUUGGUCAGUUCGUUGAAAUUGGAAACAUGAAACUGAGAGUGAAAAAAGUAAUUGCAGAAGGUGGAUUUGCAUUUGUUUUUGUUGCUCAAGAUGUGUCGUCUGGUACAGAAUAUGCCUUAAAAAGGCUGAUGGCAGCUGAUGAACAAGCGAACAAGAAUAUUAUUCGCGAGAUUAGUCUAUUAAAAAAGUUAUCUGGACACACAAAUGUGAUUAAAUAUAUAGCAGCUUCCUUUAUUGAUAAGUCAAAGACAGCUCAUGGGAUGGGCGAGUAUUUACUGUUAACCGACCUUUGCACGGGUGGCAGUUUGAUGGAGGCUUUACAAAGUAAGGGGCAGGCGUUCCCCUUGCCGACGAUCCUAAGAGUAUUUUACCAGAUGUGUCGUGCUGUGCAGCACAUGCAUGCCCAAGUUCCUCCUAUAGCACAUCGUGAUCUCAAAUUAGAAAAUUUCUUAAUAUGUAAUGAAGGUACAAUAAAACUGUGUGAUUUCGGGUCCGCCACUACUGAUGUUUACUCUCCUAACCCAUCAUGGAGCGCUAAUCAAAGAAACAUGUUAGAGGAAAACCUGGCUCAAUUCACAACGCCCAUGUAUAGAGCACCAGAACUGUUAGACACGUGGGACAAUCGAAAAAUAGACCAUUCAGUAGACAUAUGGGCCCUCGGAUGUAUAUUGUACACCCUAUGCUUCAUGCAGCAUCCAUUCGAGGACUCUGCUAAAUUAGCCAUAUUGAAUGGAAAUUACAACCUUAAUCCCAAUGAUCAACGAUACAAAUGCUUUCAUGAGAUCAUAAAUGGUUGCCUAACAGUGAACCCCGAGGAUCGGCUGACAAUAAACAGUGUGCUGGAACGACUGGCGGCGAUUGCAGAGUCCAACAAUGUCAAUCUCAAGCAACCACUCAAAUUUGAGCGUAAAAAAGUUGAACAAUCUGUGGCCACUAGCUCGCCAGCGACCAAAGACCAACCAACGUGUAACAGCCAGGAGGUUCCGAAUUCUCGUCCUCCAGAACCCAGCCGGCCGCCACCGCCUGCCCGCCCUCCCGCCGCUCCUCACUACGCUGCCCCUCUACCCCAAACGCCUGCUAACUCGGGAGGAUUGUUCUCAUCUAUUAAAGGAGGCGCUGGUAGCUUCCUGAAAAAUUUGAAAGAUACAUCUUCCAAAGUCAUGCAGACUGUGCAACAGUCAAUCGCUAGAACGGAUUUAGAUGUCAGCUAUAUAACUAGUCGAAUAAUCGUGAUGCCAUACCCCUCGGAGGGAUUAGAGAGUGCUUACAAGACCAACCACAUAGAUGACGUCAGGGCGUUCUUAGAAAGUCGUCACCCUGGUGGUAAAUACUGCGUUUAUAAUGUGUGCCGCGGCUCGAGGUCGCAGUUCUCCCGACACGGGGGCGGCGGGGGCGGCGUGGAAGCGUGGCGGGCCCUGUGGCCCACGCCCACACACAGGGCGCCUUUGCUGGCCCCAUUCUACUCAUUGCUUCAAGAUAUGUACCAGUACCUGGGGAAGGACGAUCGGAAUGCUCUGGUCAUUACUUGCCAGGACGGCAAAAUGAUGUCAUGCAUGGUGCUUUGUGGGUUGCUGUUGUACUCUAAGCUAGUGACGGUGCCGGAGGAUGCUCUCCAGAUAUUUGCGGUUAAGCGCUGCCCCAUCAACAUUCCGCCUGGUCAACUCAGAUAUCUCUAUUACCUUAGUAAUAUAGUAAGGCCAGAACCAGUACUCCCUCACUUUAGACCAGUGACUUUGGUGUCUAUAACUAUUCAGCCGGUACCACUCUUCACCAAAGCAAGAGAUGGCUGUAGACCCUAUAUAGAAAUUUACAACGAAGAUAGACUGCUGCUGUCCACAAUGCAGGAUUACGAUAGAUUACAUAUGUAUACUAUGGCAGAAGGAAAGGUGACACUGCCUCUGGACACGACGGUGGCGGGCGACGUGGUGGUGUCGGUAGUUCACGCGCGCAUGCAGCUGGGUCGGCUUCACGCCGUUCCUAUGCUAGCGCUGCAUUUCCAUACCGGGUUCCUCCCAGCUGACCAUCACGCGAUCAAGUUCACCAGAUCAGAAAUCGACGGUAUCGACGAGUCAUCACCAGUCAACGAUCAUUUUUCAUCUAAUUUGACUGCGGUGAUAAGUCUGGUUGUUCAGAAUGGCGAACGGAGAAAACCUCGUAGCGACCUCUGGGAGGACGAUCACUCUUUCCCAAUACGGACACCGGACAUCCUGUUCUCAACCAAUCUCGAGAGAGACGAGACUAUCGAUAAUUUUGUAACAGCCGAUUAUCCGGUUCGGGAAGACAAGUCGGCCCCCCCUCCGCAACGGCCGCCGCCUCCUCGGCCCCAGUGUGCCGCCCCCGCCGCCCCCGUCGCCCCCGUCGCCCCCGCCGCCCCCGCCGCCCCGGUGUCCGCGCCCGACACAGUUACUCCAGCUUCUACUGUCUCCGACGCAGACUUCCUCAAUUUGUCUGGCGCUUCCAGCCGAAACCCGCAAACUGAACCUAAACAGCAGAAAAAGUUGACCAGCGAUGAUUCCUUUGAUUUCUUCGGCAUGAUGGAGAAGCAGACUGAUGAAGGGUUCGGAGACUUCUUGAGUAGCGGACAAGCUGUCGACAAUCCUCAGCCAUUCUCGUCUCAGAGUAUAUUCGGCGAUCUCCCCGCACCGCCGGAGGUGACGGAUAAACCGGCCUCGAAUACAGGCGACCCACUCAAUUUUGAUCCAUUCGGUCUCAACGACCCUCUACCCAAGCAAGAGCCGCUGUUGACACCACAACAAAUACAGGAAGGUGGGCGUCCGCAGAGCGUCCCGCUCGAGCAGGCCCAGCCGCAGCAGACGAACAAGGAUCCGUUCUCAGACCUGCUGGGCGCCGUGGCCCCGCCCACCACCGCGAGCGCCGCCCCCUCCCGCACGGCCACCCCGCGCGCCUCCCCCGCCCACACCAACACGCACACUCCUGCACGCUCGCCCGCACACCAGCCCGACUACAGUCGAACUCAUUUUGAACCUGCAAAAACACCUGGCGAGGAGAAACCGAAAAAGGCUGGAGACGUGUUUGGCGAUCUUCUCGGAAGCCAGGGCUAUGACUUUGCGACUAAACGCGACACCGGCCCGAAAACAAUGAACGCAAUGCGAAAAGAAGAAAUGGUCAAGGAAAUGGAUCCAGAAAAAUUAAAGAUACAUGAUUGGACGGAGGGCAAGAAAGAUAACAUUCGCGCCCUGCUAUGCUCCCUGCACACGGUGGUGUGGGACGAUUGUCGCUGGACACGUUGCGACAUGUCCCAACUUGUCUCGGCAGCCGACGUGAAACGAAGCUAUCGCCGCGCCUGCCUCGCCGUUCAUCCCGACAAGCAAAUGGGGACAACUAACGAAAAUUUGGCGAAAAUGAUAUUCAUGGAACUGAAUAACGCAUGGAGCGACUUCGAGAAUGACGCCAAACAGCAAAACUUGUUCCAGUCCUAAUGUGAUUAUAAACACGUUGUUAUAUUUGUUAUUAAGUAAUAUUAUCGUAAAUUCUGUCAUGAUCUUAUUCUUACAGACAGAGGGUUCAAGUAUAUAAUUCAUAAUUAUGUAACAAUAAAAAAUAAAUAAUCAUGUUAAUGGUGGUAAUCAAUUAUAUUUAGUCAUUGCUUCAUGACUUAUUUCUUAUUACUUUCCUUAAUAUUCGAAUUGUAGUAAAAAAAUGGCAAUAAAAAGCCGUAGAUACAUUUCUGAUAUAUGUGCGCGACUGAACAAGUAUAUAGUUUACAGAGAAAAUUACUGUGUUGUUUAA